UUACCCUUAUUUCCAGAUAAACCGGCAGCUACGAGUCCCCUUCUACCUACCUUACCUCCUGGAGCUCCUCCGCGGUUAAAGUUGGACGGUGGAGGGGGCGCAGCAGCAAACACACUGAGAGAACUGUACGCUCUCGCAGCGACUCAACAACCACUCGCUAGUUUGGUCACUCACCAGCAGCGAUUGCUGGAACUCUCCAGGUUUAGGCACUACGACCUCCUCUCUCACCAGCAAGGUGCUGUCACCAAGCUCUUAGGACUUGGUUAUCUUAAUCGAGAUAAUGUUUACACUGAUCCGACGAUUCCUGGCCAUGGUAGUGUACACCUCUCGCGUGUUCCAUUGUUCCCACAAUCAAUUAUCAUAAUCGUUUCCUUGGCGACCGGACAACACAAGUAA